AUGACAAAUGAAUAAAUUUUAGAAGAAGACAAAUAAUUAGGAUUACAUUAAAAAAAACAAUAAAGAUAAUAUAAUUUUAUGUAGAAAUAUUAUCAUAAGGGUGCUUUUUAUUAAGAUGAUGAGGAUGAAGUUUUUUAAAGAGAUUUUAAUAUGCCUGUUGGUGAGGAAUUAAUGGACAAAAGUGUUUUACCUGCUAUUCUUUAAAAAAGAAGAGGUACUUAUGGUAAGAAAGGCUAAUCAAAAUAUACACAUUUAACUGAUUAGGAUACUACCAAUUAUGAUCCUUUGUUUAAAGUUGAUUAAGAUUUGUAAUAAAAGGCAUUUUCUAAAUAUGCUGGUCUUAAACAAGCUAAUAUUCUUAUUCCUAAUUAAUAAAAAAUAAAUAAAGAUGAUUUUUAAUUUUUAAAAAUUUAUAUAUUAUUUAUAUUUAUAAUGAAUUUUCUAUGUUUUUAUAAAAAAAAAUAUAAUUUUCAUAAUUUUUUUUUUUCUUAUUAUUUUUUUUUAUUUUUUAUAAAAAAUAAAUAAGUUAAUUUAUUAGAAACUUUUUGUUUGUACAAAUUUUUUGUUUUUAUUUGCUUAAAAUUAUUAUUUUUUUUAUAAAACAAACAAAAAACAAAAAAAAACAAAAAAAAUUGA